AUGGAAUUCAGGACAUCUCACAGGAGAGGAGAAACAGUCAGGCUGCAGGAUGAAGAAGAAAACCCGAGGAGCUGUGUCUGCUAUCUCUGUCCUCCUCUGUGUCCUCACACAGGUCCAUGCCAAUGUCCUUUGUCCCUCCCUACAUGUCCCCUUGGGGUUCCUCUGGUCUCGGAUGGGUGUCGCUGCUGUCAGAUCUGUGCAGGACAAGAAGGUGAACUUUGCUCUGAAAAAGACAUGUGUGAUGCUCAGCGUGGUUUGGAGUGUGACUACAGCGCCAGUUUCCCAGACGGACGUGGAGAGUGUGUCCGGCGAAGCACGCUCGGCUGCGAGCACUUGGGCGUGAGGUACGAGGAGGGUCAGUCGUUCAUACCCUCGUGCAGGCAGCUGUGCCGCUGUGUGGGUGGCGGCGUCACGUGCGUCCCUCUCUGCACCGAGGAUCUGAAUACGCCAAACUGCCAACACCCAAGACUGGUGCACGUGCUGGGUCGCUGCUGCCGAAAGUGGGUGUGUGACGGCACGGAAAACAAUAUUUACAUUUUUGCUGUCAUGGUAGCUGAGCGAGCCGUGAGGUCCUGGCAGGAUACUUUGGCGCCGAACAGGAUCUCCUGGACCAACUGCAUCCAGCAUAGCACCGACUGGAGUGUGUGUUCACGCAGCUGUGGUCCAGGUGUGUCCACACGUGUCUCAAACAGGAACUUGCCCUGCCAACCAGAAACACACAUGCGCCUGUGCGUGGUCAGACCGUGUCACCCUGAACCAACCGCCAGAGCCCAGCCGAAGCCGGGUGUGUGUCAGAGCAGUUAUCGCUCGCCCGUGCUAGUGCACUUCGAGCAUCAGGGCUGCUACAGCGCUCGCUCCUACAGGCCGCUGUUCUGUGGAAUGUGUUCUGACGGACGCUGCUGCAGCCCUGACCGCACAAGGACCGCACUCGUGACCUUCCGCUGCCCGCGAGGACGACUGGCUCAGCACGCUGUCAUGAUGAUCAAGUCGUGCGUCUGCCAUUACGACUGCCCUCAUCCGAACAGCUCCAGAAGAACAAGAUCGUGGCUGUAGACUUUAACAUUCUCAUCUUUCGGGCAUCACUAUCAAAUAUACAUUAUUAUUAUUAUGUUAUCUAAAGUGUGUGUAAGCAUUCAUUAGCUAUGUUAGCAAGACUUGUAUACGAAUUUGAUUCGAAACGUGUGUCUUCCAGGAGCAGAUGUGGACGCAGAAGUUAUAAAGGGGAAAUUUAAUUUACACAUGUAUUCUAUCAAUCAGCCAUGAUUGGUUUCUUACAUUUCGCACUAAACAUGUCUCAAGUAAAAGAGACAUCGUGUGUAUUUGAUUUUGUUGUUGUUAAAUUAUUCCUUCAAAAACAGAAAAACAUUUUAAAUUAAUAAUACAGAUACAACGUUGUUUAUUCGGCCUCCUCAGCGCCCGCUUUGUCUAAUUUAAGGAACUGCUGCUUUAAACGCUUGGGCGUAAAAAACAGCUUUUGUUCUAUUAUCAUCCAUAUUUUCAUCUUAUAAUGCUUAUUAAAGAGUGUGUCAAUUUAUUCAUGUACAUAUUUCCAGAUAAAUCUAGGAACACUUAGAUUUAUACAGUACACACACCAUUAACAGAGAUACAGAUGAUUCUUUUUCCUCUAUUACAGGUUCGAACAUGUUUUUGUUUCUGCUAUUGUCCAAAUUUUAAGGCACUGGAAUGAAAUUAUAAUGUGAUCAAUCAUAUUAUAUCAUCAUUUAUGAACCAUUAUAAUUACAGUCUGAGCAACGGUCUGAAGUUUGAUUGUCAGAGUUUAAAUUGGAUUUUUUGUAGUAGAAAAUGAUAUUGUAACCCGAUAAAUAAAUGAAAGAAAUUGUGUUUGUU